AAGCUAUUAUUUAAACCAAUUCACCAAAAUAAUACGUUUUUAAUUUUUUUUACAGAACUAGAAUAAACGUAUUCCUGAGUAACGUAUUAGGCAUUAUUUUAUUCAAAAAUUCUGACGGGAAAACAGUGACGGCGUUAAAAUAAAAGUCGUUACUGACAGUAACGAUUUAGUCCUAUUACGUAUUCUAAGACCACGACUAAUAGUUGUCUCUUCAUUUAAAAUAACGACGUCGUUCAGUGUUUUCUAAUAUAUGUGAAUAAAUACACAACUGAGCAGUAAGCCCUCAUUGAACAAAUUUUCCUUUUCAACUUAAAUCCCCUCUUCAAAAUAAACCCUCAUUCAAUAAAUUUUCCUUUUCAACUUAAAUCCCCUCUUCAAAAUAAACCCUCAUUCAAUAAGGGGCCAUUUUGAAAACGGAGGGGGUAGGGGGGCUCACACUCAGAAGAGGUAGCUGUUCUUCCCUUUUAUUCUCUCUCACUUCUUGGUAUUUUUGUUUUAUGGCGGAAAAUAAUACAUAUCAGAUGGAUCCGGGUCCACUCGACUCGUCUGUAUUGAAUGAACAACUCACCCAUAGGUCACAGGAUAUAUGGGAUGGAAAGGAUAAUGUGAUUUUGAAUACAAGGAGAUGCGAUGGAAAUUUUUGGGACUUCGUAAAGGACCAUCCAAUUGAUACACGAGUCUUGGAAGUGAUUAGACUAUCGGGAUUGUACGGUGUUUACAGAUCUUAUCGACCUACUAUUGAUCGUAGUUUGAUUACUUCAUUAGUUGAAAGAUGGCGUCCUGAAACUCAUACGUUCCACUUUAGGACGGGAGAAGCGACAAUCACCUUGCAAGACGUAGAGGUGUUGUAUGGCUUACCCGUGAAUGGUGAUCCAGUACUUGGGAAUGAGUUGGAGAGGAGCACAGAGGAUUGGAAAGACAUUUGUCAAAGAUUAUUAGGUUUUAGUCCACUUCCUGGAGACUUUAAAAAAAAUAGCCUCAAGGUAUCGGCACUUAAUCAACACAUGCUACGUCAUCCAAAAUUACUUGACACGGCAACACAAGAUAUGGUCAAUCAGAAGGCUAGAUGUUAUAUGUUUUGGAUGAUUGCUGGUAUGAUGAUGGCGGAUACAUCUGGAAGUAAUUUGAAGCUUAUGUACUUACCUAUGCUUGAGGACGUCAACACAAUAGGAUCUUACAGUUGGGGUAGUGCGACUCUAGCAAGCUUGUAUCACUAUCUUUGUAAGGCCUCACAGGCUAAGCAACAUGAGAUAGCGAGAUUCCUACCACUACUACAGGUUUGGGCAUGGGAGAGAAUUACUGCUCUCAGGCCCCAGAUAUUAGCACAAAGGGACGCGAAUACUGGUUUACCUAGGGGUCCACGCGCUACUAGAUGGUUUGCACAUUUUAGUUGGACCGACACUACCCAAUAUGUGUUGAAAGUUUUUAGGGAUGCACUUGAUUCCAUGACGGAGGAUCAGUUUAUUUGGGAACCAUAUUCUGAUGAAUUAAUUGAGAGCCUUCCCGAUUAUUGUCGUGUUGGACGAAAUAUAUGGCGUGCUAGAGUCACAAUAUUUUGUUGGGAUGUUGUCGAGGUUCACUUGCCUGAUCGAGUUAUGAGGCAAUUUGGAAUGAUACAGGAGAUACCACCAACUCCGUUUGCAUUUGAUCCCACACAUUUCAACUACGAUCGUCGGGGAAGGCCAAAUACAAAUUGGGAAUUGGAGCAUGCACAAUGGUUGCCAUUUUGGCACCAACGACUUCGAUACGUUAUUAAUGCACCGGUCAAUCAUGAAUCACUUCGGUACGAUGACCCCUACCUUGUUUGGUUCAGACGCAUUACUCGUCUUGUUAUUGGUAAUCCUACUUCGCGUCCUCAGCGGCAACAAGGUUAUGUGCCUAAUGCAACGGCUUAUGAAGCAAUGGUGCGUUAUAUUCAUUCAGUGGUUGAUAAAGCAAAAUCACUUGGUGAUCAGCCAUUAUUUGAGGAAUUUUAUAUGUUUCGUGCAAUGGUGCGGAGUAAAGGUGAAAAGUGCUUGACAUAUGUGCACGAGGCUGAUAGAAUUCAUUUACAAGCCGAUUAUAAAAAAGAUGGAGUACAUGCUGACCAUAUACGUCCCUCUGUUCGUAGGCGAGGAAAAGGCGGUGUUGCUGGUAGGAGGGAAAGUGCUAUUAAGAGAGGUCAAGUGUCUAUCGAAAUGGAUGAAAUGCGUCAGGAAGAUGCCCAAGCAGUCCCGGAAGAUGAUCCAGCAACAACAAAUUGUGAUAUUAGUUCCACUUCAAGAGGCGACACUCACGAAUUCACUCAGGCAUCAGCUAUGACAUAUCAACCAACAACUACUCAGAUUGUACCAUACAUGACGCCACAAACUCCACAAUAUUCAAGAGAUCCAAGUCUUUCGUCUUUUGAGAAUAUAUUUGUUGAGAAUGGUCCUGUUUUUAACUCAUCGCCUGUGCAAAUGUCCAUCGAUAUCCCUGAGGCCACUAAUAGAGAUGAUGGGCAGGACUGCAAUAUUGAGAUACAAGGUAAUGAGUUGGAUGAUUCCAACGAUGAAGUGGAUGGUGAACCAUUAAUGAGGCAGAAGCGUAAAAUUAUUCGUAAGCGUUGUGCGACCGGGAGUCACUUUCUUGAUCAGCAUGGUAGGAUUAAAAAGCAGCGCGGUAGAGGUAAAAAGCAGCAAGGUAGAAGCAAAAAUAAAUGAAUGCAUCACUAAUAGUUUGGCUUGUAAGUAAGAUGAAGGCACAUAAUCUCGCUGAUCUAGUUUAGUAGGAAUAAUCUCCUUUUUUUUUUUUGCUCACUGUAAGUUAGAUGAAGGUACAGUUGGUGUAUUAUUUUUUUUCUUUUGCUUUUUGUAUUCAGCUACGUUUUAAUUGGAAGUCAUGUAUUAGCUAUGGUUUUUGCUAGCAAGUCAUCAGCAGUUUAGUAGGAAUGAUUUUUUUUUUUUUGGCUCACUGCUGGUGUUUUUUUUUUUGGGUCACUGCUGGUGUUGUUUUGAAGCAAGUCAUGUAUUAGUCUUUUUUUGCUUUUUGUAUUCAGCUAUGGUGUAAGCAGAGAAUUGCUUUUAGCUAAUCAAUUUGCUUUUUGCU